UCCAGCAAAGACUUUCACUACAGACUGGCUUGACCUGGGAUUAACCAAGGGAUCGUGACGAGGAUAAAGAUGAAUUCUGAAGAUUGUUCUGCAACAGAGACCAGCUCCUUGCAUCUGAAAAGAAGACAACAAAAUAAUGCCACCAGGCCCCAUUUUGCGGCAUAUCAUGAAGGGUCCAUUCAAGUUCCCAUCCCAUGUGCUGUAGUGAACGUGGUCUUCAUCACCACUCUAAUCAUAGCUCUCGUUGCUUUAUCAGUGGGCCAGUACAACUGUCCAGGCCAAUAUAUGUCCUCGGUGUCACCAAACACCCAUGUUUCUUCAUGCUCAGAUGAUUGGAUAGUAUACCAGGGGAAAUGCUACCUUAUUUCCAAGAAAACAAGGAACUGGACCUUGGCGCAAAACUUUUGCUCCAAACACAGUGCCACUCUUGCUGUCAUUGAUUCUGAAGAGGACAUGAUCUUUUUAAAACAACAUGUGGGUAGAACUGAACACUGGAUUGGGCUGAAAAAUGAAGCUGACCAAAUGUGGAAAUGGUCAAAUGGCAAAAAAUUUAAUAACUGGUUCAACCUUACAGGAUCUGAGAACUAUUGUGCAUUUCUGAACAGCACAGAGGUCAGCAGCACAGAAUGUGAAAAGAAUUUACACUGGAUAUGUAGCAAACCCUCCAAAUAAAGAGGAAUCAUAUUUGCUGAUAUACUAUUCUAUCAUGGAACUCAAGGAAAUGUGUGUUGACGAAAUGGCGCUCUAUGGUCAGAAGUUUCCCAUAAAGACUUUGUGAAAAAAACUUUUUACUAUUUUGGAAACUUUCUUCCAAACAAGACUGUGGAAAAAAGGGAGAAAAUUUCCAGGAAUAUCUGCACUGUGGAAUACUUCUUCCAAGAGCUGAAAAUGUUACAGGUUGGCUGAUAAUUUUGUCCAAGAAUGAGAAAAAUGACUUCAAAGCUUUUGAAUGCACUUUAUAAUUUUUUAAUUCAGAAAUAAUAAGGUAACUAAGUUUAGAGUUAUUAUUUAUUGUUGAAUGACUGUGAACGAUGUGUGCCCUUCACGCAUUUGCACUGUAUGAAGGAAUUAGAUAGUAGUAUUAAAAACUGAAUGUAAACAAAUGAAAUUUUAACUGGCAACAGAGAUAUUUAGUCUAAAUGCAUUUUUUUUUAACUCAGAGGACAUAUAUAAAUGGGCAAAUGCUUAUGAAAUGAAGCUUUGUAAUGUUUCUCUCUUUUUAAAGAAGUUUGUCAAGUUACUUUGUCAUUUGCCCCCCAAAGAAUGGGGUGAUCAUAUUUUUUUUUUCACUUCUUCAGCAGAGACUUGUCUUUUUCAAUGGUACAUAAUUUAUUGCCUUAUACACAGUGUUUUACAGAGUUAAGGACAAAAACAAAGAAUAUGAGGAAUAUUUGUAAAACAGAUAAAAGUGUUGGAAAAUGUGCAAUAUGUGAUGUGGCAAAUCUCUAUCAGGAAAAAGUCUGUAUUGUUCAAAUACUAGUCCUAUCUGAUUAUAACCUUGUGCCUUUCCUGAUCUAUUCUAUCAUGUGCAAUACUUCAUGUGAAGUAUUUUCUAAGUGCAAUA